CCCACACGGUGGCUCCUUGAACAUUUGUCUUUGGCCUGAGCGCUGUGAAGUAUGCCAAGAGCGUCUACAUGCGCGUGACAGCUUCGGAGAGGAUGCCCAGCUCGAUGCGCUGCGCGCCUGGGCGCAAAAUAGACCUUUCCCUGCCAGGCCUUUGCCAAGAACGUCUUUAAAUCAGCUGAUUCCUCGUGCGCGUCGCCUGGGACGUCACAAACAUGAAGAGCCCACCGGGGAUUGGGGCAGAGCUUCUCAACAUGUUUGGAGGCUGCACCCAGUUUAUUAAAACGGCUACCUGCCCGCUGUGUCACCAACUUUGGGUCGACGCCAGCAGCUUCCCGUGUGGCUGCACCUUUUGCGAGGCGUGCGCCAUAGCAACGCUGGAGGGCCCCGGGAUCCACCAGUCGGAGUGCCCGCAAUGCAAGCACAAGUACUGGAAGAAGGACUUGAAGCCCAACCACACGUAUCGCAACAUUCUGGAGCAGGCGAGGCUGUUUCUCGGUUUCUUAACCCCGGUGGUGGAAAGGCUGCGUCCUGGCGCGGAGUCAAUGGACACACAGCCUGGCGGUGACAGCGGCAGCGCAGGAAAUGCCGUCCCUAAGGCGCCGUUCGGCCCAGACAGGCUUGGCGACGCCGGCGACGCGGCUGAAUGCCAGCCGCUGCCGGCUGUUGCCCCUGCCGCGCCCAGCCCUUGCAUGCAGCCACUCGCGACGGAGCACCAGCACCGCAACGCGCCGGAAGGAGGGCCGAGUGCAAUGGAGGACCGUUGUGUAUCGCCUAUAGCGGCUAUGGCGGUAGGCGCUGAUGCCGGCGGUGCGGCCGCUGACACGGACGGCGCCGGAGAGGAGCAGGUGGCAAGCCUGGGUGCGGGACUGCGGCGAAGCAAUCCGGGCAUUCCAGGCGCCUUCGCGGCGGUUUGUGCGACGGCGGUAGCAGAGGUGUGGGGUGACAGGCAGGCGGAAGCGGGCAAUCGUGGAAGUGUGGCGACUGCCGGCACGGUUGCGCCGGCGCCGGCAGUGGCGGGGCCGCUGGCGGAGGUUGACACGAAUGUGCAGGAGGGAGGCCGUCAGCCGGUGGGGGCCGCGGUCGUGGAGCUGGACGCAUGGGCCAAGCCACAGCCCCGGAGGCUGCAGCAGCGGGAGCGGGAACAGCAGCACGAGCAGCAGCAGCGACAGGCGCCGGGUGCUGACAAGGAGUAUAUGCCGGGUGUGGAGGCAGGCAGCGGCCCUGGCUGCUGCUCCGCUGCGGUGCUUCUCCGUGCCGGCGGCUCUGAGGAACAGCGCGGUGGCUCGGCGUCAGCCGGAACGCCCGUUGGCGACAUGCCGGCGCAGCUGCGGGAGGCGGGCGCGUUCGCCUUCCCGCCGCCGGGUACCACGGGCAAGCCCGCGAGGGCCAGCAGUGGCAGCGCUGCCGCGCGGCGCUGGCGUCACCACGCCGUGCCGGCAGUGAACGGGUGCGGCGGCGGCCCAGGCGCGGGCAUGCCCUGCGGGACGCCUGCUGGCGGCGCAGCGGCGGGGCGGCAUGAAGCAGCUGGAGCUGUGGGCGGCAGCGCGCCUGCAGCAGGCGGGGCGGGGGCACCAGGGGCGGGCGCCCCUCAAGGAGUGCCAGUGCUGGGAACCGGCGUGGCCACACCACGCACCAACCUGUUGCCACCGCCCCGCUCCCAGCCGUGCAUGGUCUGGCCCUCGGCCUACCAGGGCCGAUGGCAGGGCUCCAGCGGCGCUGGCGGCGGCGGCGCAGCGGCCGCGGCCGCCCCCGGCGCAGCCGGCACCGCGCGGCCCGGCUCAGUCGUCAGCAUCCGCCGCACUACGCCCAGUGUCAACAAUGCCUACCUGCAUUUCCACAGCGUACUGGAGGAGGGUGUGGACAAGAUGGCCCGGCAGCCGGACGCGGUGCGCGCCGCCGCACACGCUGCCGCCGCCGCGGCCGGCGUUUCGGACGACUUGGCGUGGCGCGAGGCUGCCGCGGCGGGCGGCGACUGGCUGGCGUUCGACGAGGACGCGUGGCUGCGGCAGCUGCUGGCGCUGCCAGGGCCAACGGAGGGCGAGCGCGAGGCUCUGGAGUUCGAGGUAGGGAUCGUGGACAUGUUUCUUCAGGAGCUGGAGGAGCGCAUUGACGCGGUGCAGGAGCCGCCGAGGCGGCUGCUGCAGGCACCCGCCGCCGCGAGGGCGGAGGCCGCCGCAGCUGCCGCGGCUGCUGCCACUGCAGCGGCGGCGGCAGCUGUACAGCCGCGUGUGGAGGCGUCUGGGGGGGAGGGCCCACUGCCGGCGGUAGCGCCGCAAUCAGAGGGCCGGACUCAGCUGCAGGUGAUGGGGCUCGAGGGCCACACGCAGGAGGCGGGCGAACAGGCGGUGGCUACCGCCGCUGCUACUGGGGAGGCCGAGGCAGCUGUGCAGGAGAGGUCAGGGAGGCCAAGCGUUCCGGCAGCAGGGGUGCAGAUGGCGGCGGCGGAUACAGCCGUCAUCGCGGCGGCGGUACUGGCAGGGACGGUUACAGGAGCGAAUGAGGCCGUGCUGGUGGGGCCCCGACCGCAGCUGCCUCUGCCCCUACCGCUGGCGCCGCACGCGCCGCAGCCGCCGGAAGAGCAAUGGUUGCCGCCGCCGCUGAUACAGCAACAGCAGAAGCAGCCGCUGGAGAGUUCCGCGCAAGCUGUCGUCUCGGGCCCGGAGGCACUGCCAGCGCAGCAGCCGCAAGAGCAGCAACUGGAGGCAGCGGAUGUCGUCAUGGCGGCUGACGCAAGGUCGGCCGAGGCGGAGCAGGCUGGGCCAUCAUGCGCAGCGGCGGCCCUAGGCGCUGCCGACGGCAAGGCGCCAUGCCCUCCACCCUCCCGAAAAAGCGCUUUGGAUGUGCAGCACGCGGCAGCGGUGGUGCCGCCGCCGCCGCCGCCGCUCCAACACCAGCACCGGGUCUCCCCGCUGCACGCCGCGACGGCAGCAGCGCGGCAGCAGGACACGGGCGCCGCCCAAGCCGGCGCUCGGGCCAAGCGCCAGCGAACUAGCGCAGGCGCCAGUGGCGGAUCGGCCUGUGCAGCAUCACCCACGCCCGCACCAACACGGCUAAUAGAAGACGCAGCAACUGCCGCCGGCGCCGCAGGACCUGCCCCCGAUGCCCCGGGCCAGCCAGGUGCCAAGUUGCACCAGCCGCAGCCGCACGACCUGCAUCAGGGGCAGCAGGGCCACGGCCCGGCGGCCAAGCAGCAGGGGGCCGGCGGGAAGGGUCAGCAGGUGCCGGCCGCCAGUCGCCGGCACGUGCUGAAGAAGAAGCGGUCCCGCGAGGCCCGCCCCCAGGCUGCAGAGUUUGCGGGUGCGGGUGACGGGGCUGCGGCUGGGGCUGAGGCCGGCGUGCCGGCAGACACUCGCGCCCCUGACACGGCAGCUGGUACGGCUGCCGGCGCUGCCACCAGGGUGGCUGCUGCCGGUGUCACUGCAGCGGCACCUGCUGCUGCCGGCACCGCUCAGGCCGUGCCCGCCGCAGUGAACAAGGCAGAAGCCCGGCAUGGCCCCGCUGCAGCGCCGCGCAUUACCAGCGACCCUGGCAGCGAUUCAGAGGAGGCGGCCCGCGCGGACGGCGUGCCCGCCCGACGGCGGCGUCGUGAUGGAAUGCGCGGACUGGCACGGCACCGCUCUCUGCCGCCUGCGCCUGUGCCCGGCUCAGCGCCGCCCCCGUCCAAGCAGCACCAGCAGCAGCCUGGCGCGGCACGGGCAGCCCGCCGCUCGGCCGCCGUCGCGGUACCUGCCGCUGCCGCCGGUGCUGCCGCCGCUUCCACUCCUGCUGUCGAGGCCGCCGAGGCGGCGGCUGCACUCCAGCAGCAGGAGCUGGCGGAGGCGGGCGGAGGCGGCGCCGGCCGGUCCCGGCGCGGGCCGGCGCGCACCAGCCACUGGGUGGUGGGCACGAGCCUGGGCGCCGACUCGGGUCGGCUGGAGGAGCUGGGCGCUCGCUUCAAGGCGGUGGAGGUCCUGCCGGACGUGGCGCCGUCCAUGACGCACAUGGUCGUGCGGCUGCGGCAGGACCGGCGCGCCGAGCAGCGCACGCUCAAGUACCUGCGUGCCGCGAUACGCGGCGUGUGGGUGGUGGGACUGGCCUGGGUGGAUGCCUGCCUGGUUGCGGGGCGGCUGGUGCCGGAGGCGCCCUUCGAAGCCACGGGUGACCUGUACCACACCGGCACGCCCGCCCUGACACGGCAGAUGCGGGUGCGAGGCGAGCCCAUGUCGCUGUUCUCGGGCUUGUCCUUCUGCACCGCGCACUGCAAGGACGUGGGUAGCUCCAACCUGCCGCAGCUUGAGGCGCUGCUGCAGGAGGCCGGCGGCACACUGGUACAACGGCCGCUGCCACGGGCCGCUGUCACGGCAGCGGCGGCAGCAGCACCAGGCUGCUGCGGCGGCGGGGCAGUGGCACACACGAGCCUGGCCGCCUCCCUUUUCGGCGGGGCGGCAGGAGACGACCCCUACACCGUCAGCAGCCGCGGCGGCAGCCCGGAGGACAGCGGCAGUGGCGGCGGCAACGGCUGCUGCUUUGCCGGGGCGGCCGGAAAUGCGCCCGGCGCCAUCUCGAUCCCGCCGGUGGUGGUGCUGGUGGUGCGGGAGAGGGGCGGCAAGGACAAGGACCUGAGCGGCCUGGUGGCGCGUGUGGCGCGCGAGUGGGGCUGCCCGCUGGUGCUCACCACAUGGGUGUACGACAGCAUCUCGCACUACAGCCUGUUGCCGCUGACGGGGAACUACGUGGUCCACGGCGGCAAGCAGGCGCAAACGCAGCCGCCGGCCCUGGUGCUACCGCUCCUGCAGCAGCCGCUGCACCACCAGCAGGAGGGAGCCGCACAAAUGACUGACAACAACACAACGGGUUUGACAUAGACGUACAUAAGUCAUGUUAAGGAGCUGAUUUGGUAUUGUGGAAGGGACUUGUUACUGGAACACUGGUCAAGUGAGCGGGUCAGUGCAGGCGUGUCGAAGAUUUCUGGCGCAGGAUGUUAAGGCAGUCGUUGGCCCCGCACUAGCUACUGUACGCGGGCAGUGCCUUGCGCACACAGCAGCUGGUGGAUGAUCCUUGCGUAUUCUGAGUGUGCAGGAGAGAGAAGAGAGACUGAGCCUGGACACGUACGUGUUGUGGUGCUGAACCGAUGUGCUAGCAAGCCCUACCGUACGCUGGUGCUGGUGGUGUGCGAGAGGGCCUGGGGGCGUGCCCCCUGAGCUCGAGGGUACCACAAGAUCUCUUCCAGCACCUGUGAGACUUUUUGGCUGGUAGUCCUUGUAAUCCUUCAGUCCU